UCCUUGGAAUGCUUACAGGAUUGCCCAAUUCUCUCUUCUUUCCCAACCUCCCAACCUUUCCAAUUCUCCCUUCUAGUGUUCCUGCCCUUCUUCUCAGUGUUAGGAGGACCCGCACUGCCGAACCCCAGUGCCCCCUUCACGAAGUGACGAGGACUGGGAUUAGGAAAACAGGGUCAGAGGUGACCUGGACUGGGGAAAAGAAAACUGAGUCACAAAAGAUACGGCCUUCCCCUUUGCAGCCCAGGCUUCUCGAGGAUGGGCCUUUCCUGGUCCUUCUCCAUCCCCCCAGGUUCAAUCCCCCCUCUCGGCAGCUACAAUCCUGUUCUGACCGUCUACCACACCCCUUUCCCGGUUCUCACUUCCCUUCUGUUGCGGUUCCCUUCUGUUGCGAAUACCCGCAAGCCUGGGUUUUGGAACCCGGGUUCUGGGCCUGUGGGGCUUCUGGAGCCUUCACGCCCCACCUCGCUGCCAUCUCUCCGAUGCGCCCUGCCUUCUCCGCGAACCGCCCGCACAGCAUCCCCCGUUUUACCUCCGCCAAGUCUCCACCUCGGCGUUCCUCCCCUUUAGGCUCUGGUCCUGGCG